UUCAACCAAAGCCAUCAUAAAGGAAAGAAACCCUUCAGAAGAAAAAAAGAAGAAAUUGCUUUGGUGGGAUCACACAGAAAAGUGCAACACCAUCAACAUCAGCAUGGAGUUGUACAACAUCUCACAGACCAUGAAAAAUCAGACACAUUUAAUAAUCCCAGACGCAGCCCACUGCAUCAUUAUCAUUAUGUACGCCUCAGCUACCUUUCUGUCAUUGAGUGGGAAUAUACUAGUUAUUUGGGUGCUGACCAUGGGCUGCAGAACCAGAACAGAUAUCACGGUGUUUCUCAUCAACCUCGCUGUGGCUGACCUGACAAUGGCCAUUUUUUGUAUACCCCUCACAUUUACAGAGGUCCUCCUUCAAAGGUGGCUCUUUGGAGAAUUUCUCUGCCCUCUUGUGCGUUUUGCUCAGGUUCUCUCUGUGUCUGUCAGUAUAUACACCCUCAUGAUCAUUGGAGUUGAUCGUUAUUAUGCUGUUUGCCACCCUCUGAAAUCUCGCAUGGGUCGCUCCCGAAGUAAGAUAUUAAUUGCUGUGAUUUGGAUGGUAUCAUUCAGCAUCGCAUCUGUGCAAUUACUUGUGUCUAGGGCCAAGUACAUGAAUCUGGAUAGCGAAUCUGAAAUGACCUGUUUGGAAACUGGUUGGCCUAAUAAUACUUACCGGAAGGUCUACACACUCUUGUUGCUGCUUUUCACUUACAUGCUACCCUUACUUAUUCUCACCAUAACCUACUGGAAUGUUGGUAUGAGGCUGUGGGGUCGGAGACCACCCGGAAACAUGGACAAAAACAGAGAGGCUCAGCAAGAUAAAUCAAAACGGAAGGUAAUCAAGAUGCUGUUUAUCAUCGUGGCUGUUUUUGCACUUUGCUGGCUGCCAUUUCAUAUCUUCAGUGUUACAUAUGAGUUCAGUCCAGCCCUACUACCAAAUGAUCCAAUGGAUAUCACUGCCCUUUACUUCUUCUCCCACUACCUGGCCAUGUCACAUAGCUUCUGGAACCCGCUUAUUUAUGGAUUCUACAAUGACAGUUUCAGGGCUGACCUACACCGAUUGUGCAUUCGUCUCAAUCCAUCCCGAUGCUGCCUUCACAUCUAUGGAGAUAAUCUCUCAACCUACAGUGACUCUGACAUCUUUAGACGAGAGAAUACGGUCAGUCUGCGUUUGAGUUCAGUGGAAAGUUGUAGAUCCCUUGUCUCCAGGAAACAAUCUGUUGGCGCCAAUCCCCAAACAAUCCAAAUCCAUAGCAGAUGCUGACAAACUUGCUGUGUGUUUCCAGUGCUUUCUGUUUUGAUUCUAGUUUCUCUGGAUGCCUCACAUAAAUGAAGUUGUCGUCACUGAUAACACUCUAAUAAAUUUGCCCUACUUACUCCACAAGUUGUUUUCAUCCAUUCUAAAUUGUGGCAGCCAGACUCAGCCUGAAUAUUCCAUCUAAGGGCCACCCAUUGUUUGUAAAGGUCAAGCAUAAUUUCCCUACAAUUGUAUUCAAUGGCUGAGACUUUAACGUGGAAGUGAGAUAUAUGAAGACCGAAGAUAAUCUUUGUUUUGUGGAAAACAAAAUGACAUGUUUCUUAAGUGUUCUGUAGAACUUCACUGCAGAGGUCCUUUAAGUGAGGUUCCUGUUGAGAGGCAGCAUGAUUAAUCAGUUGGAGGCCUUGCAAGUUGGAAGUCAGCUUGACAAGAGGAAUGAAAAAGAAAUUGUGGCUGAUAUGUGGCAGAGGACUCCUGAUGUUGAGGACAGAAUGUGAGGCAUAUCUGGAUCAUGGAGAAGGUAAUGGUUGAAUGUUUGUCCAUAGAAUUCUCACUGGGAUGGUUGAUGGAAAAGUUACGGUUAUGGGGAGCAGUUGAUAGUUUUGUGGGUCAGGAGGGCAACUGGUGAUGGCGGGCAUUCUACACUGGUCAGGGGAAGCAGCUAUUGAUUGAAAUGGGUUUCAAUUGUGGAGUUUAGCAGUUGAUAGAGCAAUGGGUGAUGCUUUGUAGUUUGGACAGAAGAAUGUAUCAAGAUGUUGGGAAGGUGGCAUAAGAGCUAUUUUAUUGAGUGGUAUUUUGGUUCUGGCAAUAGCACUCCUUCUCCUUUCUAACAAGUCCUAUAAAAGCACAGAUAAAGGAUUAAAUGUAAGAGAGUUUUAGAACAGUUAGCAGAAAGAUGUGAGGCUGUGUAAUAAGUGACUGAAGCCAACACCAUAUCUACAUUGUAGAAUAGGUUAGAUGAGUAAUAAGAAAGUAUAAAUUACAAAAAAAAGGGUACAUGAGAUUAAGACUUCUGCUAUUUUGGAAAAUGCGCACCAAUUCAGACUGUUGGGGCAAGUGGCCUGUAUUUGUGUGCUGUAAUUUAUUUGUUGUAAUUUUGUGAUUAUCAACUUAUUUGUACUGUUUCGCUUAGAAUUACCUUCAAAUCCAAUUCUGCUGUCUGCUAAAUGGAUGUAUAUCAGUAAUAAAAAACAAGCAAAGUGAAUGGCUAGCUCAAUCUAUCUGAAUGAUACUCUGUGCAACUUUUAAUCUGUAUUAUGUUUACCAUAGCAAAUGACAUGUUACAAGUAACUAACUUAAAUUCCCCAUGGAACAAAUUUGAGCUUAAUAAACUGGA